GCAGCUUCACGGCAUGAGAAAACGCGUUUCUUCGGUUUGUCCCUCUCGGCUUGCUGUAGCCGACUAAAACCCAUGCAGUGUUCGCUGCAGCAAAAGCAACGUGAUGUAGCGGCUUCUGCUCAUUAAACUCGUAACUCCGGUUCAAUAACAGAGGUAAAAAUGACGGCUCCGAUCCCCUGCACGGCUCGAGAUGCUGUUCUGAGACAGAGUGAUGCUCUCCCAGAGGACAUGCCUCAAAUCAGAGGUUAUGAUUUUAAUCAGGGAGUAGACCACAGAGCUCUGCUGCACUCCUACCUGACUACAGGCUUCCAGGCUAGCAGCUUUGCCAUGGCUGUACAGGAGAUCAAUAAGAUGAUUGACAAACGACUGGAGCCAGUAAAGGAGCAGGAAAACAGCUGUGACUCUCAACAGAGUCAGUCAGGAUGCACUAUCUUCUUAGGCUACACAUCCAACCUCAUCAGCUCUGGUGUCCGUGAGACUAUCCGAUACCUUGUACAGCAUAAAAUGGUAGAUGUUGUAGUGACAACAGCAGGAGGUAUUGAAGAAGAUCUUAUUAAAUGUUUGGCUCCCACCUAUCUGGGCGAGUUCAGCCUCCCAGGCAAAGAGUUACGACAGAGAGGCAUCAACCGAAUUGGCAACCUGCUGGUCCCUAAUGACAACUACUGCAAGUUUGAGGACUGGCUGAUGCCUAUCCUGGACCAGAUGGUGUUGGAGCAGAAAACAGAGGGCACUUGUUGGACUCCCUCAAAAAUGAUCUACCGACUGGGCAAGGAAAUCAACAACCCUGACUCGGUUUACUACUGGGCUUACAAGAAUGACAUCCCGGUGUUUAGUCCUGCAAUCACUGAUGGCUCACUGGGUGAUAUGAUCUACUUUCAUUCCUAUAAGAACCCAGGAUUGGUCUUGGACCUUGUGGAAGAUAUACGGAGGUUGAACUGUAAAGCUGUGUUUGCCAAAAGCACAGGAAUGAUUAUCCUGGGAGGAGGCCUAGUGAAGCACCACAUUGCCAAUGCCAAUCUUAUGAGAAACGGUGCAGACUUUGCCGUGUACGUGAAUACAGGGCAGGAGUUUGAUGGCUCAGACGCUGGAGCCAGACCAGAUGAGGCUGUGUCUUGGGGAAAAAUCCGUAUGGAUGCCAAACCUGUCAAAGUCUAUGCAGAGGCAACUUUAGUCUUCCCCCUGCUGGUGGCUGAAACUUUUGCACGUCAUGCCAGCAAACUGGUGGCACAUGAAACGAGCGAUUAACAAUGCCUGCUCUCUUCUCAUUCAUUUUUACCCCUUUUUCUUUCUUUUCUAUUUAGUUUUUUUACUGUUUCGUUAUGUUCGUGUCUGUCCCGAUUCUACCACAUUGUUCACAGCUUUAUACCUUUUUUGUUUUUUUUAUCUUGUCUUAUUAUUAUUAGUUUUUAUUUAUAAUUCUGGGUAUAUUUGUGUCUCUUCUGUACUUACUGCUGCAUUAUUAGAUUUUUUGUGUAGUCUUAAGAAGUUUAGUUUGUAUACCAAAAUAUGUUAUAUUUAAAACAAAGGCUUUUAUUAAAGACUAUGAAAGAAAUUGUAAUAGAGUUUUUUAUUUUUGUUGUUGUGCUGUAACAGCAUGUGAGAGUUUACAAGUUAAAUCUUUUAUGACGUUGCUGCAUUCAUUCUGUUAUUCUUAUAAUAAUAGAAUAAACAAGUUGUUUUACCUGGUUA